AUGACGGAUCGCCAGGAUUCCGACGUUGCCAACGAGGCCCUCCUCGACCCCCAGCUGCUCUACUCCAAGGAAUACUGCAUUGGCGGAGGCAGCUUUGGCAAGGUGUAUAAAGGCGUUGACAAGCGCACAGGCGAGGCCGUCGCCAUCAAGGUAAUCGACAUUGAAAACGCGGAAGACGAGGUCGAAGAUAUAAUUCAAGAAAUUGCCAUUCUCUCCGAGCUUCAGUCUCCAUACGUCACCAAAUACUAUGGCUCGUACUCGAAAGGCGCCGAGCUCUGGAUCGUCAUGGAGUUCUGUGCUGGUGGUAGCUGUGCCGACCUGAUGAAGCCCGGCCUCAUCAGUGAAGACUACAUUGCCAUCAUCACUCGUGAGCUGCUCCUGGGCUUAGAGUACUUGCACGCUGACAAGAAACUGCACCGAGAUAUAAAGGCUGCCAACGUUUUGCUGAGCGCCGCAGGCCAGGUCAAGCUGGCUGACUUUGGUGUCUCAGGCCAGCUAUCAGCAACCAUGACCAAGAAGAAUACUUUUGUCGGUACCCCGUUCUGGAUGGCACCGGAGGUUAUCAAGCAGUCUGGAUACGAUCACAAGGCCGACAUUUGGUCCCUGGGCAUCACCGCCCUCGAACUGGCCAACGGCGAGCCGCCCUACGCCGACAUUCAUCCUAUGAAAGUUCUUUUUCUUAUUCCCAAGAACCCGGCGCCACGUCUUGAAGGAAACUUCACAAAGGCAUUCAAGGAAUUCGUUGAACUUUGUCUUCAGCGCGACCCAAAGGACCGGCCUAGCGCGAAAGACCUGCUUCGACAUCCAUUUAUUAGAAGGGCAAAGAAAACGACAUAUCUUACCGAGUUGAUUGAGCGUCAUAGCCGCUGGUCGGCGACGCACAAAGGCGAUGAUGACGAUCAUUGGGACGCUGCAUCGGCAGGCGUGCCUACCAGACGCGAGAGAGUAGACGAAGAUAUGUGGGAUUUCGGCACCGUCCGACUCGUCGGCGACCGCGGGGGUCUAGUCAUGCGGCCGGGCCUCAACGAUCUUAACGACAAGGGCACAAAUGCAAGGGCGGCGAGGUCUCUUGAAAAUUCAGGCGAUUAUGGCGAGACAAGGCGUGAAGCGAGCCCGACUAAAGCGCGCGACUUUGCCUUGGAUGCUAGCGAGACUGUCAAGGCUCCUUCAAGACAGUCUAGCCCUCAGCGCAAGCCGGUGCCAUCAUCAGCGCAGUCACCUACCAAAGUUCCGUUGCCGGCAAGCCCGAUGAAAGCAGCACAGCAUCUCCUACCAGAGACACCAACCAAGGCAAAACCUUUACCACCCCUGGCGCAAAGCCAGUCUCCCGACUAUGACCGGGAGCUGCAGGCCCAGCUGCAGCAGGAAUUGAGUGUCCUGAGCUUGCAAUUCCCUAGCCCUAACUCACCAUCGUCCGCAAGAAAGCUACCUGUUGCAGAGAAGCCGCUACCGCCAGUACAACAACGGCCAGAAUCGAGACCUACGUCUCUCAUUGGACCAAUUCAUCUGCAGGAGAUCCCCCCCUUCCGAGGCAGCCCGUCUUCUCAAUCACAAUCGCAGCUUGCAUCUUCGACGCCGGUAGCAGCGCAUGUCAGAACACCUAUCAAGUCACAGUCCCCGGCACCCGACUUCGCCACACCAUCCUCGUUUCCGUCUCCAGCACCUGCUAAUCCCAACGGAGAGCUGGACGCGCUCAACGAUGUCAUAUUUCCGGCACUGGAAGAAGCUCUCAAGAGGCGCGAGGUGCGGCUGCAGCAGAUUGUUGCCCUGGAGCGUCUCGAGUCAGUGAGGCAACAACGAGCGGAAAUAGCGCAUGAUAAGCUGCGAAAGCUGGUCUACAAGUUGGCGCAUGUGUGCAAGGAAAUUGACCACAUUGACAAGGCAGAGCCGGUCGGGAUGGGCCGAGAUGUAGGAAACUUUUUAGAGGGGUUGCUGGAGGAGAUUUUGGUGCGUGUCGAGCCUCUGGAUGAGGAGGAGUUGGCACAAUAG